AUGGAUUCAUCCAACCGGAUAGUAGAGAAAGUGCAACAAGAGGUCCGAGCUCACUUGGCGGCGCACCAGCGAGAACCGAGUGGAGUGGAAGUGGAGGCAGUAGUGGGUUUACUACUUCUAAGAGAGCCUGGAGUAGCAGUGCAAACCCAACCAGUUUCACCCGAUUCAACAACAGAACGAAAUGACGUCGAUUGGUCCUUUAUCAAUUUGGGUGAACAGCAAAACUUUGCCAUCCGCACCGCUGGCAUGGAAGAUAAGGCAUCUGCCUGUGAGAUAGGUCGUACGUCUAAUCGUACCGUGCUUGAACCCAACCGUUCAUGGUCGGACAGACAGUGGGGCGUGUGUGCAUUUGACGAUGUUAUCGAGUUUUGUGGUCCAGCCUGCGCUGCUUAUCAGCAGAUCUUCACACCACCAUUGUUGCAAUACGUUACCGACAAAUCACCCGAAGUACGUCAAGCCGCCGCCUACGGUUGCGGUGUAUUGGGACAGUUUGGUGGCGAACACUUUGCCGUCACAUGUGCUCAAAUCAUUCCGCUGCUAGUGCAAGUUAUAUCCGAUCCGAAGAGUCGCGACCCCGAGAAUGUCAACCCCACAGAAAAUGCUAUUGCAGCCGUUUCGAAGAUCUUGAAAUAUAACAGCAGCGCCAUACAAAAUGUAGAUGAGAUCAUCAAUGUUUGGUUCUCCUGGCUGCCCGUCACUGAGGAUGCUGAUGAGGCACCGCAUAUUUACGGAUACAUGUGUGAUCUCAUUCAGGCCAAUCACCCCAUCAUAUUAGGCAAUAACAACAGCAAUUUACCACGCAUUGUCUCAAUCAUAGCACAGGCGUUCGUCACGAAAGUUGUGGCACCGCUAAAGGAUGUGGGCACCCGGAUGUUGGGAAUUGUGAAGCAAGUGGAAGCCAACCCAGAAGCUUUUCAGGCGUGUGCAAGUAUAUUGACACCUGAACAACAGUAUGCGCUGCAAGACGCUUAUCGGGAGCUGGCUGCUGAUGCGGUGCCAGCAACUGCCUAAAAUACAUCAAGAAGAUCAAAUCAAAAUAUAGCUGUUGCCGCUACUGCUGCGCUGCACCUUCUCAACACUAAUACACAGUUAUAUAUGUUUAAAUAAAAUUGAAAAGAAAAAAUAUUAUGAGUAUAAAAAACGCGGGUGAUAUUGUGAUGAAUCUACCCACAGUAUAUAGCAUAUAUAAACAUAGAACCACAGCCCACAUACAGCAACAAAACUUCAAACAGACAAAACACAACCUGUGCGCUACUUAAAAGAGAUAUGCUGCUUGACUAUAACAACAAAAACCACAUAAAGCUAGAGAAGCGGCAAAUUUUGCAUUCUAUGAAGCGUUAAAAUUCUAUCAAUUCACUAAUUGCAAAAAAUUAAAUAAAUGCUACAUUAUUAUAUAUAUAUGUACGUGUACUACGGAAAUAUUAUAUAAAUAAAUAUAUAUAGAGAUAUAUAUGCAUGCAUAUAUAUAAAUAUAUACGUAUAUUGAA